CCAAAAAUCAAAUUUGAAAUCUGUUUAGGUAGCAAAGUAGGCCAAAACCAAGCAUCAUUUCAAUGAAACUAUAAAGACACCCGAUUAGCAUUUCCCCUCAGAAAUCCAAACAACCAUUUGUUUCUCCAUAUACCCAGAUUUCGUUCUGUUGUUUUGGAUCUGAUUUGAAAACAAAUCUUCACUUAUGGGGAGUGUGGGAGCGCUUGUGAAACACCCAGAUGAUUUCUAUCCAUUGUUGAAGCUGAAAAUGGCUUCGAGGCAUGCCGAGAAACAGAUCCCGUCGGAGCCUCACUGGGCCUUUUGUUUCUCCAUGCUUCACAAAGUCUCUCGUAGUUUCGCCCUCGUUAUUCAACAGCUCGACACCGAGCUUAGAAACGCCGUCUGCAUAUUCUAUUUGGUUCUUCGAGCACUUGAUACUGUUGAGGAUGACACUAGUGUAGCAACAUAUGUCAAAGUUCCUAUUCUCAAAGACUUUUAUCGUCAUAUAUACAAUAGCGACUGGCACUUUUCAUGUGGUACAAAGAACUACAAAGUUCUUAUGGACCAGUUUCAUCAUGUAUCUACUGCUUUUCUGGAGCUCGAUAAAGGUUAUCAGGAGGCUAUCGAGGACAUUACGAAAAGAAUGGGUGCAGGGAUGGCAAAAUUCAUUUGCAAGGAGGUUGAAACGGUUGAUGACUAUGAUGAGUAUUGUCACUAUGUAGCAGGACUUGUUGGGUUAGGUCUUUCCAAACUUUUCCAUGCCUGCGGAGCGGAAGAUUUGGCUCCAGAUUCUCUCUCCAAUUCAAUGGGUUUAUUUCUUCAGAAAACGAAUAUUAUCCGAGAUUAUUUAGAGGAUAUUAAUGAGAUACCAAAGUCGCGAAUGUUUUGGCCUCGCGAGAUUUGGAGUAAAUAUGUCAACAAACUCGAGGACUUGAAAUACGAGGAAAACUCAGUCAAGGCAGUGCAGUGCUUGAAUGACAUGAUCACUAAUACUUUAAUCCAUGUGGAUGAUUGCAUGAAGUACAUGUCUGCUUUACGCACUCCGUCAAUCUUUCGGUUUUGUGCUAUUCCUCAGGUCAUGGCUAUUGGAACACUAGCCUUGUGCUAUAACAACAUUGAAGUCUUCAGAGGUGUAGUGAAAAUGAGGCGCGGUCUCACUGCAAAAGUCAUCGACCGGACAAACUCGAUGGCUGAUGUCUAUGGUGCUUUCUACGAUUUUUCUUGUAUGUUGAAAGCUAAGGUUGACCAUAACGAACCCAACGCACAAAAAGCAUUGGGCAGACUAGAUUCAAUCCUCAAGACUUGCAGGGACUCUGGGGUCCUGAAUGAAAGGAAAUCUUACAUUAUUCCGAGUCAGUCCAAUUACACUCCACUUCUGGCUGUUGUAGUUUUCAUUAUAUUGGCCAUUGUUUUGGCUAAUCGGAGUUCAAAUUGGCCUAACAACUAGUGAGACCAUACUUUAUUUUUGAGCAGUCAUCUCAUUAGCUGUCCAAGUGUUAGACUGCCGCAAUAUUUAGAAAAUAAUAAUGUAAUAGUUUUCUUUUAAAAAUAAGGGAUAUUAUGGUAUUCUAAUUAUGCUCGUAAAAGUUUUUAAAAAUAUACAUUUCAUUUCGACA